CGUGUUGGAAUUUUAAAGCAUAAAAUGGUACCAACGGGCACCAUGAGCGCCGCAAAGGAGGGUAAGGAGAAAAAGUCGGCUCCCACUGUGGUGAAAAUCGUGGAGGUGGAGUCGGUUUCGCCGCCAAAGGACAAACGACCUACCCGCAUAAAGCUCCUGAACGAUGUCCCAGCAACUUCUCCCCAAACGUCUCCCACAAAGACGGAUAAACGCAGUGGCGCUAAAGGAUCACGCAUUAAAAUACUUAACGAGGAUGUUUUGGUCACGCCGAAAAUAGAGAAGAGGCGAUCCACCAAGCCCAGCAGUCCCGGGUCCUCCUCCACCACCUCCACUGUGAAGAUCCUUAACGAAAAGAGGACAGUGCCAGCCGAGGACACUGCACUUGAAACUGCCAAGAUUAAAAUUUCUCCUCCCAAGAGAAACAAGAUGGACCAUUAUGUAUUGCAGGCUGUGAAAGUAGAAAACAGCAAGUCUGCCAGCCAAUCUACACCUGGCGCUACCGGGGAAGACGAUGAUACCAUUGCCUUUAUACUGGGGGAUGACGAUGAGGUGGUACCCGCAUCCAUAAGCCGUUCGAAUGGACAGGAGAUAUUGGUGACAGAAGAGGAGGAGGAGGAAGAGGAAGACUUGGACGAAGAAGGCGAUUCACCUGGGGGAAGUAACCAGAAUUCCGGCCAUAAAGCCAUCAAGGAGAUCGUGGAGCACGUGUGUGGCAAGUGCUACAAAACCUUUCGCAGGCUAAUGAGCCUAAAGAAGCACUUGGAGUUCUGCCGCUACGACAGCGGUUAUCAUCUGCGCAAAGCCGAAAUGCUCAAGAAUUUGGAGAAAAUCGAAAAGGACGCGAUUGUCUUGGAAAAGAAAGACAUUUGUUUUUGUUGCUGUGAAAGCUACGAUACUUUUCACCUGGGCCACAUCAACUGCCCCGACUGCCCAAAAUCGUUUAAGACUCAGACCAGCUACGAGCGACACAUUUUCAUCACUCACUCGGAGUUUAGCGAUUUUCCAUGCUCUAUUUGUAAUGCGAACCUGCGCAGCGAGGCUUUGUUGAAGUUGCACGAGGAGCAGCACAAGUCACGGGGCAAGCCGUACGCCUGCAAGAUCUGCGGCAAGGAUUUCACGCGCUCCUAUCAUCUCAAGCGCCACCAAAAGUAUUCUUCCUGCUCAGCAAACGAAAACGACACAAUGAGCUGCAAGGUGUGCGAUCGGGUCUUCUACCGAUUGGAUAAUUUACGAUCGCACUUAAAGCACCAUCUUGGAACUCAGGUGGUUAAGAAACCUGAAUACAUGUGUCACGUUUGCAAAAAUUGUUUCUACAGUCUCUCAACGCUCAACAUUCAUAUCCGUACACAUACUGGCGAAAAACCAUUUGAUUGUGAUUUGUGCGACAAAAAAUUCUCCGCUUUGGUAGCUCUCAAGAAGCAUCGGCGCUAUCAUACUGGAGAAAAACCCUACAGCUGCACUGUGUGCAACCAAGCCUUUGCUGUCAAGGAAGUGCUUAAUCGUCACAUGAAACGGCACACUGGAGAAAGACCUCACAAGUGUGAAGAAUGUGGCAAGAGCUUCAUCCAGGCCACCCAACUGCGAACUCAUUCCAAAACUCACAUUCGUCCCUACGGCUGCGAUAUGUGCGAAGAGAAGUUUAAGACCGAGAAACAACUCGAACGACACGUAAAAGAACAUUCUCGCCAAAAGCGCGCCGUAUUCUCUUGCACUGAAUGCAAGCGUACUUUCCGCAACACAGCCCAGCUUAAGCAGCACAUGGAUGCCGGUGACCACUCUGAAAAAGCGGCUGAAAAACCACAGCGUGCCAAACGAGCCUCCACAAAGGUGUUGGAGCGCACCGAUUGCGCCAUUUGCGAUAAAAACUUCGACAGUAGCGAAACCUUACGCAAGCAUAUUCGUUCUGUCCAUGAGUGCGAUCCGGAUGACAUAUUUGGCAUUAAACCGCCUUCUGCCAAGCGCGCCAAAACCGCCAAGAUUACAAAGAUUGAUGAAGAGGAGGAGGAAGAGGUGGUACCAGUGGCACUGAAUGCAUCAUCAGGUUCGUUGAUAUCCAGCCAAACAGACGACAAUGGUGUAGUGGUGCGAGAAUUUUUGGUGGAUGAAGGCGAUGGCACUGCCCAGACUAUUACUUUGGAAAACGAAACCUAUACCAUUCUGCCAUUAGAUGGAGAUAUUGCGGCUGAGCAAAUCACAGAUGAAGAUGUCAAAGUUGAAGGACAAAAGUCGCCGCCAAAGAAGUCGCUAGUUGUUAAGAACGAGAAGCGAAAGUCCUUGGGUGCAAGUUUGGCUGCAGCGAUUGCCGAUAACAUCGAAGUACCGGCAAUCGAAGAAGACUUUGAUGGCGAAGUAUUGACCGAAGAAGAUCUAAAACUAAAAGAAAACAUUGCUAAGCUUAUAGACAUGCUGGUGGAUCCGCCGAUUCUGAAGAAAUACGGCUGGCCUAACGCUCCGGAGGAAAUGGUGCUCUGCAAGGUGAUAGAGAAUUGCGGCCACGAUCUGAACAAAGGCGGCGAAAACUACGCGGAGCUGGACUACGGCAGCAGGAUGAGGGAGUACUGCAAACUAUUGUUCACGGUUGUCAUUCACAACGAUUCUAUCAAGUCCCUGCUCAACAACUUUCCCAUUGACGAUGUCAUUGAAUAUGUUCUGGGGGAUGAGGACCAAGACGAGGAAGGAGGUGACAAAGAAAAGGAGGUGGAAGGAAAAACUCGUUCCAAAACUGCUUCAUCAAAGAAGGAAGACGGAAAGGUUUUAAAAGCAUGACGGAGUAUGAAUAUUAUUAGUUUUCCGCAUUACGCUGAUCAAGUUUCGAUUGGCAUCUGACUAGGCAUCAUUAUAUUCAAGUUUAAUUUUUUUCUAAUUGACUCAACAUUUUUUAUAAAAAUAACUUAUGCAUGUUGGUUUUGGUUUAAACACUAAGUGACCUUAAAAGAGAAACUUUGCUACUGUUAUUUAAUAUAUCGUUAUCUGAAACCUAUUUCCAAAUUUAUCACGCAUCCAAAAAGAAACCCAACCAACAUGUUGAAUAUCGAAGAUAUUUUGAUAUUAUAUACAUUUAUAUUUACUGAAUUAAAAAAUUUACCCCACGCAAUGUAUGCAUGGAUUAUUUUUUAUAAAGCUUAUUAAAUGUACAAGAAACCAA